CCACUUUUCCUGGCCCCUGUAACUGGGAAGCACUUUCCUGGGCCUGACGCGUCUCAGCUGAGCAAGGCUGGCGUGCGUCCCCGCCUCCCUCCCAGGGGACCAUCCUGGAUCCCUCCCCGUGAUGUCAGCGGAAUCCUGAGCUGGAUUGAGGGAAAGGCCCAGGAUCUCCUAUAGAGGAGCCCAUAUGGGGUGGACCCAGGGGUGGCCGCCCGGGGCCGGGAGCUCCAGCCUCGCGUCCCCGGGCGCCGCCCCCGUGUCCCGCCCGCGCCACGCUCCGCCCCGGUCGCCGCUCGUCCCGCGUGGGAGCCGACCCGGCUCAGCCUGAUUUACGGCUCUGCUGAAAACCGCUCGAGCGGCUCCCGCAGCAUCAGCACCGGCGGCUGCAGCGGCAGCAACAAGUCGGGACUUUCAGAGGGAUGCAACAGACGACUUUUGAGGAAAGCCGGUACCGUUGGCAGGACUCGCUGGAGAAUGUCGCUGUGUGCCUGCCAUUCCGCUGCCCGAGGUGUGGAGACCACACCCGAUUUAGAAGCUUGUCGUCCUUGAGGGCCCACCUGGAAUUCAGUCACAGCUACGAGGAGAGGACCCUCCUGACAAAAUGCAGCCUCCUGCCGUCGCUCAAAGACACGGAGCUAGUCAGGUCCUCCUCAGAACUCCCGAAGCAGGGCAAACUGCUCCGGGGUCACGCAAAGGUGACCAAGCAGAAGCCGAGCUAUGUUAACUUGUACAGCAUCUCCCACGGACACGCCAAGGACCCGAAGCCCUUUGAGAUGGUGGCAGAGAGGCCCGUGUCCUACGUGCAGACCUACACGGCCGUGGACAUUCGGGCUGACUCCCUGGAAGGCCCCCGAUCGAGCCCUGGACUCCCCACCCCAGACACCAAAGCUGCUUUCGAGGCGCACGUCCGAGAGAAGUUCAAUCGCAUGGUAGAGGCGGUGGACAGGACCAUCGAGAAGAGAAUCGAUAAACUCACCAAAGAGCUGGCCCAGAAAACCGCCGAACUGUUGGAAGUCCGGGCAGCGUUUGUGCAGCUGACUCAGAAGAAGCAGGAAGUUCAGAGGCGAGAACGGGCCCUGAACAGGCAGGUGGAUGUGGCCGUGGAAAUGAUCGCUGUGCUGAAGCAGCGACUGACGGAAUCCGAGGAGGAACUCCUGAGGAAGGAGGAAGAAGUUGUCACAUUCAACCAUUUCCUGGAAGCAGCUGCCGAGAAGGAAGUUCAAGGAAAAGCAAGGCUCCACGACUUUAUUGAGAAUCUGCUGCAACGGGUAGAGUUGGCGGAAAAGCAGUUGGAGUACUAUCAAAGCCAGCAGGCUUCGGGCUUCAGCCGUGACACUACUGAGCAUGUGCUCACAGACAUCUCAUUGAAUAGGAAGCCCAGAUGUCUAAGCCGAGGGCACCCGCAUUCUGUGUGUAACCACCCAGAGCUGAGGGCCCAUUUCCAUCUCAAGGGGAGGAGCUACCUGAAGAAAACCAAGGACGAAAGAGCUGGGAUGCAGCCUGCCAAGGCCGUUCACGAACAGGCUGAGUCUCCGAGAGAGUUCUUCAGACCAGCUAAGAAAGGGGAGCAUCUGGGCCUGAGCCGGAAAGGCAACUUCAGGCCCAAAAUGGCUAAGAAGAAGCCUACAGCAAUCGUGAAUAUCAUCUAGAGCGCGGGUGGCUCAAAAGCAUCACCAUGGGCUUGGGGGAUGGGGGAUGAUGUUCCAGGGGCCUUUGGGACACGUUGCUGUAGGAAGACAUGGCAGAAUCAGGAACACAACACAUAGGGAGGGACACCCUGAUUCACCAGAGUUUUAAAAAGAGGGUCUCCAUGAACCAAGAUUGUAUUUCAACCUAAAUUUAGGUGCAAGCAAGGCAAAUUACAAAAAAUAAGAAAUAAGAAAAUAAAACCUGAAGCACUUUUAUCCCACUGUUGUGGUAAACAUGAACCUGUAACUUCUAAAAUAAUUGGCCCAGUCUCCAGCAAUCCUGGUACCUGGGCUUCUAUGCAGUGGUCAUUAGUCCUUGGGCUACACAAGACGCCAGGCUCUGGUGUCCACUGCUCUCUGAAUUAUGAGGCAAGGAAUGUGACUGUGAAGUUCUACUUUUUUUAAAAAAUGUAUAUAUAUUAUUCACAUCUAGUGUUUUGAGACAGGGCCUUCCUCUG